AUGCCACCAGAUCGGCGAACUCAGAAAAUAGUACGCGUCCGUACUGGAUGCUGGACAUGCAGACGGAGGAAGAAGAAGUGUGACGAGACCAGACCUAUCUGUAUUGGCUGCACUCGCAAUCACUUGGCGUGUUCCUGGCCAUCCAUCCCAGGCCCUUGCAGCCAUGAAAAGGAAAUCACACCAUCAAAUGAAGACAAGGGAUCAAGUCUUUCUCAUGCUACUGAUGAGCUAGAGGCGUUUUGUAAUUCUGCCAGUCCUGCAUCCCGACAUUCUCCUGCAUCUCAGCGGCAUUCCUCGGUUUCUUCAAGUGGAAGUCAAUCUGGAAUUGUCAAGGAACUGGACGAGUCCACUCCCCCAGAGGAGCUAAAUAGGUGGCUGAUAAUCCCUCCAAAUGAUCAAACUGCACUUUCAUCGAACAUGGUGGUAGCCAGUGUUCCACAAACUUUGUCAAUGCUACCGGGAUUUGACGCGGAGUCUCACCAGCUACUAAGCCAUUAUGUGAGCACAACGGCUGAUAUCAUGGCCAAUGGCUCAACACCCAUUAAUCCAUUUCUGGUGCAAAUUGUACCAUUGGCAUUUACGAGCGACAUUUUGCUGCAACUAGUCAUCACCCAAAGCGCUGCGCAUCGGGCAUUCCGGAGCCACGAUGAAUCCGACGCCGUGGCAGACGUCCACUACACUAAAGCUAUUCGAAUGUUUCGACGCGGAGUCUCUGACUUCAUCGAUGGGAAGGAGUCCAACCCCUUAAUGUUGCUUAUUGGGGCGCUUCUGAUGUGCUUCACAGAGACGGCCAAAGGAGACAUGACUGGGACAAUCUUUGACCACUUGGCAGCAGCACAUUCGUUACUUAUAAAGCUACUAGGACUGAACGAUGCUGCUAUUCCAAGAGAGUUGAAAGAUUUUGUAGUCGAAUACUACACAUACACCGCUAGUGUGAGCAUGAUCUCUAUAGAUGCGCGUCUGAGUGGACAGAUUUUUCUGAAUUUUGAUUUGGCGCAACAAGCACGACUACUAUUAAGGACACAAUAUGUCGGAAAUUUAUGUGGCUGCUGGCUGGAACUUUUGAUAUUAGUUCCAUGCAUCUUUGAACUCGGCCGACAGUGGAUGAUGGACGAGGCACCGCCCAUGGUUCCGACCGCGGAUGAAAUCGCCACCUUCGCGUCAAUACAAGCACAGAUAUUACGCUGGUCACCGUAUUCAUUCGUUGAUGCAGAGGUGUAUCUGGCUGGAUUGAUCUUCCAACAAGCCAUGCUCAUCUAUCUCUACACCUCACUGGGUGGAUAUGCAUAUGCGCGUGAUGGGAUGUAUAAAAACCUGAUCAGAGCUGCAGUUAGAGAGGCAAUGGCCUACCUGGAAGAGUUGACACCCAGUGCCAGAGUCAAUUCGGGUAUGUGCUGGCCCAUUGCUGUUGUCGGCUCCUGUCUUGAAAGCGUCGACCUGCAGAACCGCCUUCGAACAAGAACGAAGACGAUGGCCAGGCAUUUUGGCCUGGGAAAUAUGCAUCGAACUCUGCAGCUGCUCGAGGCGAUGUGGGAACUACCUGCUGUAGAAACAGGGCCGUGGAAUAUAUGUCGGACGAUGCAGGACAAGCAAAUCUGGAUUUCAUUCGCAUGA